AUGAAAAAUUCGAGUUUAUUGGAUUGGAAUCCAAAGUCUAGUUCCUUUGAUGCUACUCCGAAAAAUAAUUUAACUAUUGACCCAAAAAUGGAACACUGUGAUGAUACAGGUGGUGGAACAACAAAUCCAAAGAAAGAGGAUCCUCUAGAUUCCAAAAUCAUAUCAUUAAUUAAAACAAGUGCUGUUGGGCUUUUCAACCAUUUGACAGUGACAGUGUUGCCCCAGAUAGCUUAG